UUAGAUAAAAUUGUGUGGGAGAAACUCGUGGAAGAAACCUUGCUUAUUUUAACUAUUGCUUCAUGUACGCACAUUGCGCGCAAUUUUAUCUAAAUAUGGAUUGGGUGCCUCUUUAGUUUAUCCAUAACAAUAACAAAGAAUAUUACAGAACUUUCUCUAGCAAAUUACUCUCAUAUUAAAGAUCCGUUUAUGUGAUGAAUUGUUCAAGGGUUCGGGGUUCGUCCAAACAUGCGCCUCCGCCUCGACAUUAGCAUGCGGCGCGCGUCGUCCCUACUUACCAUGAGCGAUGCGGAACGCGGGGUCGCUCCGAGAAUUUAAUUGUGUUCCAUUAUCAUAUUAAGGUUCUUUUACUGUAAGUCAAAAGUGAAAACAGAAUGGAAGUCACCGGCGUUUGUCAUUCGUCAGCGACAGUCGAUGGAGGCAGCUCCCUGAGACGACAACCAAAAUAGUGCAACAUGACGCUGCUACGAUACUACGCCGCGGCUAUAUCCCUCUGUGUAUGUGUUUCGGCCAUACUAGGACCCAAUAGCACUAAAUCAAUGAAAACUGACACAUAUUUAGAUGCAUAUUCGAAGUCGAGAAUUGAAGCUGAGAAGGCAAAACAAGGUGUUGUAAUAAUAACCGCGAAGGACGGAGAAAAGAGGAUAUCCAAUCGAGACGACAGCUUCAACUCAGGCUAUGAUUAUACGCCGCCGUACUCUGGAGAUAGCUCGUCGGGAUCUGGUUUCUCCGGCCCUUCGGGGUCGAACAGUUACGGGCCUCCGUCGAGUUACUCGCCUGUUAAAUUUGAAUCUGACAUUACAUACAACGCUCCAGCUAAUACUUACGGCCCGCCAGCACCAAGCUACGGGCCGCCAGCUCAGUCGUAUGGUCCUCCCGCGCAAACUUAUGGUCCGCCAGCUCAAGCAUACGGUCCUCCGGUCCACAAACCUUCGGCUCCUGUCUACGGCCCUCCAGGCCCGCCGUUAAAGCCGGUUUACGGCGUUCCGUACACGGCUCCAAGUUUCGGCUUCCUGGACAAAUUAGCUCUGAAGCUGGACAUUCUGACUGUGGCUAAACUGUUGCUAAAGUUCCUUAUCUUCAAGAAGUUGGUGACGAUGCUGGCAGUGGUGUGCAUGUUGCUAGUGAUUCCGAAACUAAUUUCAUUCAAAAAAGACGGUGGCAAUUCCAACGACGAAGAUGAACGCACUUUUGGACACAAAAAUUCAAUAGUGGAGUUGACAUCAGUCCAGCAGUUCUUGGAGCGGGCAGUAUCAGUGUAUGGACGUCAAGAACCCGAGUGCGGUAUCACGUGUCGCCUGCGCAGAGUCGUCGACGACAUCUACGACUUCCAACCUUAUUUCAGGCCUGACACGAGACGCGGCACAACUUCGUAAGUUCUACAGGAAUGCGUAAAUUAGGUGCCAUCGGAAUAGUCUGAAAAGUAUUUAUUUAUUUAUGAUAGUUAUAGUAACAAAUUUUUAUCAAUAAAUUAGGUAAAAUAAUUCA